AUGAAUCUCGAAUGCUCUGGUGACGAUGCAUACAACGUAUGGGCAUUUUUGAAGUUUAAGCAAAUUAAAAAGAGCGACCUUGGAAAGAAUUCACAAGAGCUUGACCCUACUGAGGAGACGGAUCACGAAGAGGAUGUUGAUACUGAUGAUGCCUUCGUUGAGACUGUGGUUGAACAACCUGAAGAGGAUGAGGAAACUGGUGAGGAGGGUGAAGCAGAGGAAAUCCCAGCUGAGGUGGCUGAAGCUGAGGAAAAUGAAGAAGAGGCGCCUGACACUGAAGAGGAAUCUCUUGCAGAUGAAGAAGAACCAGAGGAGGCACCUGUUGAAGAAGGAAUUGUGGAGGGUGAACCAGAAGAGGUGUUAGAAGUUUUCGUAGCUGGGAACUUUGAGCAGCGCAUCAAACAAGUAGCCAUUCCGGAUUCCAUUAACUUUGGUUUGAACCACGACUACCACUGUAAAGAGUUAGAUGCAGAGCUUACCCAAUAG